GUUUCCGGAACAUUCGAUUGCUUCUCAGUGUUUGGUUUCUCGUUUAUUCAGCACCUACCAGAAUAACGUUUUAUAAAAAGCAGUUCAUGCAUUUAUAGUAUAAAACCUUUAAAUAAGUCGAAAAGCAUGACUUCUCAAGUGGCACAACAGAAAUCGAGCUUGUAUCAAUGGAAUCCACCAAAUGUAGGAGGAGCAACUGUCCUUCAAAAUAUACCUGGAAAUUUUUCUUAUCCUACCUCUCUUCCUCUUCUCUCACUGCCGGGUACUGGGAUGACCACUUUGCCAAUUAACCCUUCAGCUGAUUUUGAAAAAAAAGAUGAAGAUUCACCACGUGGAAUAAUAGAGGCAGUUGCAGUUGCUGCUAAGAUAAAUGCUAUGUUAAUGGCUAAAGGCAAAUUAAAGACUGAAGAUAAUGCUUUAAAUACCGAGAACUUGGUUGUCACAGAAGUAGAUAUUAAUGAUGUUCCAGUAAGCUGCAGAAAUCUCCUAACUAAAGGCCAGAUGCAAGAUGCAAUUUCCCAGUAUAGUGGUGCUACUAUCAAAACAAAGGGCAGACAUAUGACAAGUGCAGAGAAGCUAAAAGCUGAAUUGGGUGCCCGGCCUUUAUAUUUACGAAUUCAAGGAAAGACACAGGAAAACUUAAACCGAGCUGUAGCUUUCAUUAAGGGGAUUAUUGCUGAACAUGUUUUACACAAUGAGUCAUCCAUACCACAAACACUUGUACCAGUACUGAACCAGCAAAUCCAGGCUCCUCAAGCUCAAGCAAAUAAACAGCAUUUUGUUCACACCAAACUCUUUGUAGGAUUGGAUCAUUCUGUACCAUCAUUCAACGUGAAAGAAAAAGUGGAGGGACCCAGUGGUUCAUAUUUGCAACACAUUCAAAAAGAGACUGGUGCAAGAGUAUUUUUACGUGGCAAGGGGUCUGGUUACAAGGAGCAGGCUUCGGGACGAGAAUCAUUUGAGCGCCUGUACUUGUAUAUUAGCCAUUCUUCACCAGCCGGUUUGUUUGCAGCAAAACAGCUCUGUGAUAAUUUACUAGAGACGGUGCGUGCAGAAUACUCCAAAUUAUCAUCUACAUUAGCAUACUCAUCCUCACAAGGAUAUUCACCUGGUGAAGUUUACAAUGCCAAACAGUCUUGGUAUACCUUUCCCCAAGAUUCUUCUGUUUCAUUCCAAGGACACAGUCAUUUGGAUAGUACAAACAGUCAGCAGAUUCAACCAAGUAGUGCUUUAACUACUCAAACCUUGAUUCAAUAUCCCGUCUGUCCCAGAAUCUCAACAUGUUACGUAACCGAGGACACACAGAAUCAGGGUUCCAGUUAUCAAGACUCGGUGUCAUCUUGGCAGUCAAGUUCAGACAAUGUGAAGAAAUGUGCACAAAACACUACUGAUGCCUACUUGCAAUACCAGCAAGGACCGUUUCAUUACAAUAAUUUAGCUACAGGCAAUUCUUGGAAAACAGGAGAGACUGCUACAAUCAAGACUAACGAGGAUGGGGAAUUUGAAAGGUGUGUGUCUGAACUUGUAUUGAAAUUAAUAAAAGAACAAAAUAUUGUAUGUACAGUUUGGAAUCGUAUGCAAGACUUUCACCAACCCAUUAACAUUUGCAGGAGGUUAAUGCCACCACCACCUCCUUCUACAACUGCAAGGUGCUUAAAAAGGCAAAGAGCAUCAGAACCUGAACAGACGGAAGCUUGUUUUGGUAUGCAUUUUUAUACUUCCGAUUUGUUUUUGUCUAUCCUAAUGCAAACUUGUCUUCUCCCCAUACCACCAAACCCAUCUACCCAUGGUAACAAAGAUAACAUAACCAGUAACUUGGUUUUUCUUUCCAGGUGAUUCAAGACGUCAUUAAGUCAGUCACAAUUUAGACAGAUACUAAUGUUUUCUUUCCUGUUUUUAUAUUUUUUCCCCUUUUCUCUGUUCUCUACAUCUCCUGGACUUGCCUGAUAUGUCCCUGGAUGCCAUUUCUUGCCCCUUGGCUGUGGACUGGAUUUUUUUUCUCGUUAACCUCCUGUUUGGGGCAUCCUUGCGGUUGCCUGGCGUGUUCUGGUUUGUGUUUUUGCAGGUAAAGGAGAUCCAGCUGUAAAAAAGCAGAAAACUGUGAAUUCUGGGAUUUCCUUGGUACCUUACGGUAAUGAAGAUUCUUCUGAUGAAGAUGACAGGUUUCAUGGGAAUCGGAAGUAUAAUCCUGACGAUG